AUAUCCUUAAUUGGCCGUUGGUCGACUUUCAGCCCUUAACCCUACAGUAUUUGCUGUUAAGAUAAUUGGUAUAUAUACGCAUGGCAAAUUUGGGCACACUGGUGCGACUUAACAGCUGUUAUUUUGCGUUGAAUAUUUGAACCGAGCGGACGUGCGUCGCGGACGCUUUUAGUGAAAAACGCGGUAUACGUACAGUGCAACCAUUUUGCCUCUAUAUAUAUAUAUCAAUCUAUCGGUGUUUAUGAGAUUGUAUGUGUACAUGCCAAAUGGUGUAGCAAAAUAAAAAUUGCAAAAACAACAAAUAUUUUUGUGAAAACUUCUAGUGUUUGUGCAACGACGACAACAAAGUCGACGACGUCGCGCAAAAUUUUUUACGGCGCGCCGCCUGCUGUUUUGAAUUGUGUGAGUAAGUGAGAGAGAGUACGACUUACAUAUGCGUACGAGUGUGAGUGCGCGCUGUGUUUGUUUGUUAGUGUAUGUGUCUGUCUGCCUAACAAUUUGCCGCUAAAUACAAAAAGCAGCUGAAGGCAGCAAGAAGAAGCAGAUAGAAGACCAGCUGACGACGACGACGAAGUCGACAACACACACAUAUAGAAAAAAGUCAACGAUCGAUUGCGCGUAUAUGUGCAUGUGCAUGUAUGCGAGCAGGCCAGGUGAAAAACAAAAAGCGAAGUGGCAGAACAGCAACAAACAAAAUCAAAACGAAAAGGAAUAAAAAAGAAAGAAGCAAAGUGAAGCACGUGUGUGUCCUGCUCUAACAACAGUUAAAAACAAUAUAUUUAUAUAUAUACACACAGAAAAGAAAAGAUGUCUUCGGUACCGCUGGCCAUCAAAACGGAGGAAGUCAUUUUGGAAAACGCCGAAUACAACAGCGCCGAGGAAUUGGAUGAAGAGUUACAAUUACAACUGGAAGAUUCAGGCGGGGAGAAUACCUAUCACAUUGAAUACACCACCGAGCCGGCGCAUCAGGUUACGACCAGCUCGCAGCGACGCCAAUCGAAUAUGAGCGCAUCGAACACUACAAAAGAUGGCGGAGGUGGAGAUGGGGGCAGUUCGCCAAGCGGCAAACCCAUAGUGGACACUGAGAAACGGAUGAGAAGGGAAAUAGCCAACAGCAAUGAGCGAAGACGCAUGCAGAGCAUCAAUGCCGGUUUUCAGAGUUUACGUUCUCUGUUGCCGCGACACGAGGGCGAAAAGUUGAGCAAGGCUGCCAUAUUGCAACAGACCUUCCAAUAUAUUGUCGAUCUGGAGCAUCAGAAGACCCAGCUGCUUACACAGAACAGCGAACUUAAGCGACAAGUGGGCGAACAUGAGGCGCAUGGCGGCGGCGGCGGUGGAGGCGGCUCCACAGGCGACAACUACAACAACAGCAACAAUGUUAACGAAUCGAGCGGCAACAACAACACGAGUUCUUCGAGUGCUGUGGCGAUCAAGAAGAGGAAGCUGACAGACAACGUGAUCAACAUGCAAACAAUUAGCGAUAGCUCCGAUGAAGGAUUAGGUUCCAUGUCGCCCGAGCCAAUGACGCUGCUAACAGCCGGCGGUGGCGUGGCAGGAGCUGGAGCAGCGGCUGGAAAUAAGUUGAACAACGCCAGCAUCAUAGCAGCCAAGGAGCUGCUCGAGAUGAAGAAGCAGCUGGAAAAGGAGCGCAGCAUGCGACGCCUGCUCGAAGAUGAACUGCAGAUGAUCAAGCGACAGCUCUACAGCGUAGCAACGGCACCGCCAGGCACAGCUGUGGCAGCAGCCGUAGCCAACAGCGGAAGCAGCUCCUACAUUCCAAGAGAAGUGAUCGAGCAUACGGACAACUUUGUGCGAGCCGAGGAGCUGGAGGAACUGGGCGGCACUGUCUCCUACGUGGAGAUCGACGAGAUGACCGGGCAGCAGCAGGUGGUUGUUUGCUCCAGCAUUGAGGAACUGGAAGGCGAUGCGGCCGCCGAGAUCAUUAGCGAGGAUCAGGUGCACGAAGAGGUCAUACUCUCCUCCAACUCCUCGACAGAAUCGGAGAAUGAGGUGAAUGUGAAUGCCAUUGCCAAAGCCUAUGCCGAGGGCAUGAGCACGCCCAUUCUCCAGGCAGCCAUCAAAGCGACGCCCAAAGUGGAGGUGGAGCGAAUCAACGAAAAGAUUGUCAAAGUCAAAACAGAGAAGCUCCACGAACAGCCAUCGGCAACAGCGAUGUCAACGACAACGACGACGACGGCGGUCUUCACGCGCUCCCGACAAAAUCUGGAGACAAUUGUGGAGGCCAUACGGCAUCUCGAGGGCGAUCAUCUCUUUGACGGAGAUCAGCAGCACAAGCUCCAACAGCAGUAUCAGCAGCAGCAGCAGCAGCAGCAAACCCAGCAGCAACAUCAACAGCAGCAGCAUCAACAGCAACACCAGCAGCAACCACAUCAACAGCAGCAACAGCAUCAUACACAACAGCAACAUCAUCAGCAGGAUGCAUUGCAUUCGCAUCAUCAAAUCAUUAGCACAGCCACAGGAUAUCGCUUGGCGCAGGAUGCGCCACUGGCUCUAACCACUGGCAAACAGCAUGCAGCUCUGGCCGAGCUGCGUCCCUUCCUGCAGCUGAAGGGCAACAAGCAGGUGAUCAUAACAACAAAGUCUGCCAAAGAUUUGGGCGCACCCUCGACCAUAUUCAAAGUGCAGACGAGCAGCGGGACAGCAACGGCAUCGGCGACAGGAUCAUCAUCAGCAGCCGGUGGAGCAGGGAGCCAUCAUCAUCAGCCGGUGACCAUUACAACAGCAUUGAAACAAUGUCGUCCAGGUGUCAUUGUGGCCAAGCAGCUGCCGUCGUCUUGAUUGCCUAGCAGCAACAUUAUCAACAGCAGCAACAUUAACAGUAACAGCGUUCCUCUACACAUUGAAACAGCAGCCGCAACACGGGCUAGUAUUAAAGGCGUCCGCAAUAACAUAACAGUAACAGCAGCUCAAACAGCAACAACUGUACAAGUUUUAAUGCCCAAACGACGCAACUAUGUUAAGCAACAACAACCGCAUAUGCAACAGCAGUAUUGCCUUAACAGAGCUGUAAGGCGGCAAUGAAUUUACAACUGUUGAGCUUGCCAGCUGUAAAGCUAACAGAGUUCAAAUGUAUAGUUAUAGCUAUUAAGCUGCUGCUAACAUAGAUCUAGCGCUGCUAAACUACUGCUGUAUAUAGCUGUUAAGAUGCUGCUAAUAGUAAACAAUUCGAGCUGCAGCUAAUUGUAAGCUAGCUGUUAAGCGACUGUUGCUAACAGUACGGCUAGCUGUCAAUACAGUUGCUUCUGUUAAGCUGUUGCUUAACAGAGCUCAAGCUGCUGUAAAACUAAACAUAAAACAAAGAAUAUAAAUAUUAAAGGCAAUUGUAUAAAAUUAGUAAAAAAGAA